GUGACUGCUCUAAUUGAUUCAUUCAUGAGGGCUCUUGGUUGUGUAAAUCCAAAUUGAAAAUAGUUCAAAAACAUUUUUAAUAAAGACCCUCGUCUUUGUCAACUAUUUGAUCCACACCCACAUGGAAACCGAAGCCCAAACCCACGCAAAAAACCGAAGCGAGUGUCCCCACGCCAGCGCGGUCCCCUCCCCGAAUUCCCCAAGCCACCAUGCCCGACUCCGCUGAUCCCCUCCCCACGCAACCCUCGCCGGAUCCCGACAUGCCGCCGCGGAAGCCUCUCGCUGGCGGCAAGCUCAAGAAGCCGCUCACUGACAAGCAGCGCGCUGCCGCGGAGCAGCGCCUGUCCCACCUCCGCGCCCACCUCAUCCUGCGCUCCCUCGACUCCCCCGCUGGCGGGGCCCGUGCCCUACCGCCGCCGCAGGAGGCGGCGCUCGAUGCCCUCGGCCUGCUCAAUUUCUUCCGCCUCGACCUGCAAUCUGACACCCCGCGCCCCGACCUCAUCGCUCCGCUCGUCGCCUACUACGACCCGGUCUGCAAGCGCAGCUUCGUCCGCGGCGUCCGUGUCAGCGUCUCGCGCCACCACAUCACCCGCGCGCUCUGCCUACCCUCGAAGCCCGCCUCCGCAGCGCCGGCCCCAGCAGACGUCGAUCCCGCAGCGGUGGUCCCUGCCGUUAUGCAGCUCCUGCAGGAUUACGUCCUGCUCCCGUUUCAGGGGGGCGACAUGUGCAUACUGCCGCAGGAGGUGGCCGCCGCAGAGCAGAUGGUCAGGGAGGGGGCGGCGCAUAGGGUUGAUUGGGGAGGGCUGAUCUGGGGCCUCGUCGAGAAGGAGAUGCUCGAGCUGCCCAAGAGGGAAGACGGGGUGUGCUACUAUGGGCCGCACCUGCAGAGGCUCAUUUAUUCCGAAAAGCCACAUCUGUUGGAGCUGGUGGAGGAAGGGCCUGUUCCGGAGGCGUCCGCUGAUGUGGAGAUGGAGGAUGAGGAUGGUGAUGUGGAUUUGAAAAGCAAGAACUUGGUGGAACUGGAGCCGGGGGAUGGGGAUGGAGAAGCGGGUAACGAUGUCAGAAGCGAGAGCUUGAAGGAUUCAGAAUUGGGGAAUGCUGGUGCAAGGAAUGAUGGUUUGGACAAGUUGGAGUUGGGGGAUGCUGUUACAAGGAACAAGGUCAUGGAGGAGUUGGGUUUAAGGGAUGUAGAUGCUAGGAACAACAGUAUAGAGGAACUAGAGGUGGUCGAGGAAGAUGCAAGGAGCAAGAGCUUGAAUGAAUGUGAGGCUGUGGAUGUGGAUCUGGAUGCUAUGGACAUCAAUAUAAAUGACAGAGAGACGAUCAAUGGAGAUACAAGGAGCAAGAGUUUGAACGAAUCUGAGGCUGUGGAUCUGGAUCCAGAUGCCAUGGAAAACAAUAUAGAUGAAAUGGAGACGGUCAAUGAAGAUGCAAGGACUAAGAGCUUGGAUGAAUUUGAGGCUGUGGAUGUGGCUCCAGAUGCCAUGGACAACAAUAUAGAUGAAAUGGGUGUGGUCAAUGAAGACGCAAGGAGCAAGGGCUUGAAUGAAUCUGAGGCUGUGGAUGCCAUAAACAACAAUAUAGUUGAAUUGGAUGCGGUCAAUGAAGAUGCGAGGUGCAAAAGCUUGAAUGAUGAAUCAGAGCUGGUUGAAGAGGAAUUUAAGAGCCCAAGCUUUGAUGACAUGAACACCGUGGAUGAGCACGUCAAUGGCACAGACACGGAUGGAUUAUGUUUGGGAUUUGUGGAAGUUGAAGCGGUGCCUGCUGUACAUGAGGCAAUGCCUGAUAAUAAUGAAGAAACGACAGAGGAAGCACCAGCAGGGGGUGCUGAUGUGGCAGGCAGUGAUAAUGUGGCAGUGCCUACAGAUGUGGAUUGUGAAGAACACUAUGUUGAGGCAGUAGUUGUAACACAAGAGGUAGUGGCUGUUGCAGAGGAGUUGGGGGAUGAGGAGGCCAAGAGGGAUGAAGAGAAGGAUGUGAUGGGAUUGAGCUUGGGUUUUAAUUCUACCAAUGGUUAUGGUGCUAUGGAUGUGGAAAAGGAAACCAAUGUUGAAAGUUUGGAUGAGGACGAGAGUGACAGUGGCAAUGAAGAGGCAGAAGAGUCAGAGGAUGGUGCAUUUGACGUUAAUGAUGGAGAGGACAUGAAUUGGAGAAUUGGGGAUGUCAACGGGGGUGAGGGAAUGACACAUUCCUUACAACGCUGUAACACAUUUGGGGGCAUGGAGUUUGAGAACCUGAAUAAAGGAGAGGAUGAGAUGAGGGAUGAGUUAAGAUUUGACGAUUUUCCUGCAAGGGCAUCUUUGGAAAGGAUGACAUCAUCAAACCUCCUCCAAGCCAUGAACUCAAUUCCCUCAUCAUACAAUGUAUCAGAGAAUGUGCAUGAUCUGCCCUCUGGGGAUUUCUUGGCUAUGGGGGCUGAUGCACAUAAGAGUGGAGUGGACCUGGGACCAGGGAGCUCAUAUUUAUUUGGGAAUAAUGGUAAGAGGAAUAUUGAUGAUAUUGAUGGGUACAAUGGCAAUAUGCAGGUGCAAGAGGGGUUUCCUCGGUCUAAUCAGCAGAAGAGGAUGCGGCAUAGUAACAGUAGCAACAUAUCACCUGGAUCAGGCUUUUUCAAUGCAAGCUUUUCGGUGCCUAUACAGAACUUGAUGGUUGAGGCAAGCAGGCUCUAUGAGCAGAAUGAGCAAAAACUUCAGAGUUUGCAAUUUGAGAAGCAACAUUGGUCUGACAUGCUGCAGCAGAAGGAAGCCAUUAUCCAAUCCCUAAACUCAGCUCGUUUUGAGCAACAUAAUAAGUAUCAAGCGGAGCUUAGACGCUUCGAGCAUGAUCUGAAUGUUAUGGCUCAGUUGGUCACUACAUACAAAAAAGCUUUAAAACAGACCCGGGCUUCUUUUGAUGAGUACAGGAAGAAGUUCCCUUGCAAUGUUCCUCUUUAUGGUGAUGUUGCUUGUGGCGGUGGUCUUGUUCUUAGUGUGAGGGAGUUGGAGAAAAGGCGGUGUGAGGAGCAGCAGCAAAAUAUUGCCAUGGUAAAUGGUAUGAUUGAAAGAUUCCAGUACAAAUGGCUCUCAAAGUUUGAAGAGUGGGGACUUUCUGUCAAUUCACUGUGGAGCAGAAUGGAAGGACUCUAUAAGGAGAUUGAGCUUCUCAAGGAAAACAGAAGAGCAAGAUUUGCUACCCCAGCUACAGAGGAAUCUACCCUAGCUACAGAAGGAUCUACUCCAGCUACAGAGGAAUGAGCUCCCUGACAAUCAGAGGUUCAGUUGUGAUGUGAAGAUGACUCCCUAUUACUGCCCUACCCUCUGCUGGAUGUUUUGGUGUCAACGAGCAUACAAGAGCAAUUGUGGCUGCCUGGUGGUGGUACAUACUGUAGUAAGAUAAAUAGUUUCGCUUGUAACUAUGGUUGUUUCCUCAUGUAGGGACGUUUUGAUUAUUAGUGCUUAAUUUAGGUGCAUUUAGGGUUCCGUAAUCUAUAUCAAAGUGUGCGUUUCAUAUCCUUUUUUAUGCACUAACGACGUGCUCAUGGCCUCGGAAAGCCAUUUAAAGACUGCAUAUGCUAGUGGCACCACUAAUCCAUACUGCCUUCAGCUUAACUGCUGGUAGUAGCUUCUGCACCUGACUAGUGGCCUAGUGGGCGGAUACUGCUAGGCCAUGAACAAGUUUCAGGUAUCAUACGCGAUGCACUAGCUGCAUUUGGCUCUAGUGGUUUGAACGCUAAUCUCUAUAUUGGGAGAGGGAGUUUCCAGUAGGGUCUCUGAUUCUAAAUCUUAAUUCCAUGUGUAACUAAAUAAUAGAAUUUAGGAAAAUUGAUUCCAAUUAUCAAUUCUGUACACGGAUAUCUACAUCCAAACGGGGUAUUACUGAAAUCCGAGCAAAAACUUGCGUA